CCGGUGAGCCUGCCGUCUGUGAACCUGCCUUCCGUGGUUCAGCCUGGUGCCUCGGCACCCGCACUUCAGCCUGAGGUCUGUACCCAGCCUGAUGCCUGUACCCAGCCUGAUGCCUGUACCCAGCCUGAUGCCUGUACCCAGCCUGAUGCCUGUCUUCAGCCUGAUGCCUCUCUUCAGCCUGAUGCCUCUCUUCAGCCUGAUGCCUCUACUCAGCCUGAUGCCUCUACUCAGCCUGAUGCCUCUACUCAGCCUGAUGCCCCUACUCAGCCUGGUGCCCCUACUCAGCCUGGUGCCCCUACUCAGCCUGGUGCCCCUACUCAGCCUGGUGCCCCUACUCAGCCUGUUGACUCGAUGCCCGCUGUUGAUCCAGAUGAUCCGGUACCUGAU